AUGGCAUCAAUUAAUAUGAAACAACCAUGUAUAAAAUGUAGUAAAGGUGCUGGAAUAACGACAUGUAAUGGUUGUCAACAAGUAUAUUGUAUUAAUCAUUUUAAUCAACAUCGACAAGAACUUGCCAAUCAAAUGGAGAAUAUAAGUCAAAAACGUGAUCUUUUUCGACAAACUUUAGAUCAUAAAAUAAUAGAACAUCCUCUUUUUUGUCAAAUUAAUACAUGGGAACAAGAAUCUAUUAAUAAGAUUCGAAUAGCAGCAGAAACUGUACGAGUUGAACUUCGAGAAUUACUCGAUCGAACUAAAAAUGAACUAGAGAAAUCUAUUAGUAAAAUGACAGAAGAACUUCGAUCAAGUCGAGAAUUCGAUGAUUAUACAGAAAUCGAUAUUAAAAAAUGGACUCAACAACUACGAACGCUUCGCAAAAUGCUUGAGUCAUCAUCGACUAUUUCUAUUUCUGAAAAUGAAUCACAAAAAUUAAUAAUUCCAUUGAUUAGCAUACAUAAUCAACAACAACAACAAUAUCGUUCUUCUAAUCUCUCUCAAGAAACUUUUCAAAAUCAUAUUCUUACUGUUAUAAAUUCAACAUCUUCUAAUGAAAGAUUUGAUGAAAUCAUUGGAAAAGCAAUAACAUCUGAAGAACGUCUUGCCAUUACAUGUAAUACAACAUUUUUUUCUUAUCCAGUUAUUUAUGGUAGUAAUCGUUACUCGUCAGGAACACAUUAUAUACAUUAUCGAAUUGAUAAAAUUGGAAAUUCACGUAUAUUUUUUGGAAUUACUUCAUCAUCAUCUAAAAAGAUAACCGAAGAUGAUGUAAACGUUAAAUCUGUUAAUGGAUGGUGGGAUUUAGUUAGAGUUGUUGUAAAUGGUGAAGCUCAAAAAAGUGGCGAUCAUAAAUUCAUUUCCACAGGUGAUGAUGUAACAUUGACAUUAGACUGUGAUAAUCGACAGAUUCAGUUAGAACAUCAUCGGACUAAACGAUUAGUUCAAUUAUUUAUCAAUGUUGACAAUUGUCCAUUUCCUUGGAAAACAGUCAUUAAAUUAGGAUCAAAAGGAGAUUCUAUUCGUAUUCUUCAAUGA